CUGUGUGACUAGUACCCCAGGUCUCCAGUACACUCUACCUCCUGGACUGACAGCUUCACCACGUCCUUCUAAACAGCUCUGAACCUCCACCUUCCCCAACACUCCAUCUCCUGGACUGACAGUUUCACGUCCCUCUAAACAGCUCUGAAUCUCCACCUUACCCAACACUCCACCUCCUGGAGUGACAGUUUCACGUCCCUCUAAACAGCUCUCAGCCUCCACCUUCCCCAACACUCCACCUCCUGGACUGACAGUUUCACGUCCCUCUAAACAGCUCUCAGCCUCCACCUUCCCCUACACUCCACCUCCUGGACUGACAGUUUCACGUCCCUCUAAACAGCUCUCAGCCUCCACCUUCCCCAACACUCCACCUCCUGGACUGACAGUUUCACGUCCCUCUAAACAGCUCUCAACCUCCACCUUCCCCAACAAUCUACCUCCUGGACUGACAGCUUCACGUCCCUCUAAACAGCUCUGAACCUCCACCUUCCCCAACACUCCACCUCCUGGACUGACAGUUUCACGUCCCUCUAAACAGCUCUGAACCUCCACCUUCCCCAACACUCCACCUCCUGGACUGAGUUUCACGUCCCUCUAAACAGCUCUCAGCCUCCACCUUCCCCAACACUCCCUAACAAACAUGGAUCCUUCCAAGAAUCAUCUGGUAACAGACGUGGACAUGAAGGCAGCUAAGCCCCACGAGACUCAGCCAACACUGAUGGAGGGAGGUCAGUAUAUCAUGGAGGGAGAAGAGGAGGCCAAGAGUACUACGCUGAUCUUCUCCAUGACAGAGGAGGUCGGGGCGCUGGCUAAUGCCCUCAAGAUAUUCCAGGCCCACAACGUCAACCUGCUACACAUCGAGUCUCGACCUUCAAGACGAGAAGCAAAGUACGAGUUUAUGGUAGAGUGUGACUCGACCUCUGGUGACCUGGGAGCAGCCAUGGAAGAGAUGAGAGCCAGCUGUUCCUACUUCCAGGUCAUCUCCAGGAACCACCUGGAUAACAAGGACACAGUGCCCUGGUUCCCUCGUAAGAUUGCCGAUCUGGACCGCUUCGCCAAUCAGAUUCUCUCCUACGGAUCAGAGCUGGAUGCUGACCACCCUGGCUUUACUGACCCAAUAUACCGCGAGAGGAGGAAGUUCUUCGCUGACAUUGCUUAUUUCUACAGACACAAUCAAGAAAUUCCCAGAAUUGACUACACGGAGGAGGAGGUGGCCACCUGGGGUAAUGUAUUUCGUAACUUAACGAAACUGUACAAGACUCACGCAUGUAAGGAACACAACAUGGUGUUCCCGCUGCUUAUAGAGAACUGUGGCUACCGGGAGGAUAAUAUUCCGCAGCUCCAAGACGUUUCGAACUUCCUCAAAGAUUGUACUGGCUUCACCUUGCGUCCCGUGGCAGGUCUUCUGUCAUCUAGGGACUUUCUGGCAGGCUUGGCAUUCAGAGUUUUCCACUCAACACAGUACAUCCGUCACCCUAGUAUGCCACUCUACACGCCGGAGCCUGACAUCUGUCAUGAACUAUUGGGUCAUGCGCCUCUCCUAGCUGAUCCUUCCUUUGCGCAGUUCUCGCAGGAGAUUGGUUUAGCCUCCCUGGGGGCGCCUGAUGAGUUUAUUGAAAAGUUAGCAACGUGUUACUGGUUCAGUGAGUAUGGAAUCUGUCGACAAGAUGGGAAGAACAAGGCUUAUGGAGCUGGCUUACUGUCGUCCUUCGGAGAGCUUGAGUACUGUCUCACUGACAAACCUGAGUUGAGGUGCUUCGACCCAGCCAAGACCUGUGUCCAGAAGUACCCCAUUACUGAGUACCAGCCUGUUUACUAUGUUGCUGAGAGCUUCGAGGACGCCAAACAGAAGCUUAUUCAAUUCGCAACAUCAAUCCCAAGACCAUUCUCAGUGCGCUACAACCCAUACACUCAAUCAGUUGAAAUACUCAACUCUAAGCCUCAGAUCGAAGCUCUAGUGAGGGAGAUCAAUUGUGACAUGCAAGUCCUCAUGGAUGCUCUACUUAAGCUCACUUAGACACGCUCAGCUCCUCUAAGAGGUCAACUUUAAGAAGCACUCAUGGACGCUCUAAGCUCACUUAAAGACGGUCAGCUCCUCAGAUCUAAGCUCCUCUAAGAGAUUACCUGUAAGGAGCAUUCAUGGAUGCUCUAAGCUCACUUAAAGACGGUCAGCUCUACAGAUCAAAGCUCCUGUAAGAAGCAUUCAUGGAUGCUCUAAGCUCACUUAAACACGGUCAGCGCCUCAGAUCUAAGCUCCUGUAAGAGAUCACCUGUAAGAAGCACUCAUGGAUGCUCUAAGCUCACUUAAAGACGGUCAGCUCCUCAGAUCUAAGCUCCUCUAAGAGAUUACCUGUAAGGAGCAUUCAUGGAUGCUCUAAGCUCACUUAAAGACGGUCAGCUCUACAGAUCAAAGCUCCUGUAAGAAGCAUUCAUGGAUGCUCUAAGCUCACUUAAACACGGUCAGCGCCUCAGAUCUAAGCUCCUGUAAGAGAUCACCUUUAAGAAGCACUCAUGGACGCUCUAAGCUCACUUAAACACGGUCAUCUCCUCAGAUCAAAGCAAUUAUAGAAUCAACUGUCUUUGAUCUGCUAAUUGUAAAUAACUCAUUACCACUAACUUAGCCAAUAAGAUAAUUAACUCCAGCUCCUGGGCCCAUUUUAUGCCUCUAUAAUUUGUUGACUAUCAGCCAGAGAACAGGCAUUGGGGUGACUGUCACCCAAAGUAUAUGUAUAAGGUGACUAUCACCCACAUGUGACAUAUUUAGACCUCAAAUGAGGUCCUCUUCAGAAGACCUGCCAAGGAGGGCACUGACCGUCAACCGAUACUCAAAAAGUGCAGACAAGUCCUGGUUCCUCCCUCCAGCUGUGUUUUCACCGUAUUAAGAAAAGCUAAUCGCACUACUACCCUAGAAUAUGGCUGUUGGAGUUCAAUAUUACCCAUAUCUUUAAUAUUAUUAUAAAAUCAAUGUUAUGCUUACUAUUAAUAUUAUACAAUAUAUAUUAUUUUAUUGAUAAUAAAAUAUAAUAUACUUAA